AUGCCUCACUUGGCCCCCGGGCCGGGCGCAAAUCCUCAGCCUGCCGCAGAGCUCGUGUUCCCUCCCGUUACCAAAGAUCACAUCCAAAACUGUUCAUAUGACUCUUGGUUUCCAAGUUACAGAAGCUCUUCCUUGAAGUCGAGGAUCAUUCCGCUGCCCCAGUCCUUUGUGGGAUACUUACAAGAGGACGGAAUCUUGUUGGCCGACGAAGGUGCCUCCGUUGCACCCACUGAUCUGGAAUGGCAUUCGUCAGGCGCAAACUCCAACUCCCGAGACAACAGAGAUGACGACUCCUCAGACGAGGACGAAGAUGAGCCACCUCGGCCGCCACCGAACGAGAGGUUUCCUGAGACGCAUCGCAAAAUCAUAGAGACUAUUGAAGAACUCGGCGGAGCCGUUGCUCCCAAACUGAACUGGUCGACCCCCAAGGAUGCCAAAUGGGUGUCGCCACAUCAAAACACGUUAAAAUGCACUUCACCAAACGAUAUAUACCUCCUGCUCAAAUCGUCGUCGUUCGUCUCGCACGAUUUGGAUCAUGCGUUUGACGGUUGCACACCCGUACCGCCGUCGCGGCCGUUUGCUCCCGUCCUUGUCCUCCGACCAUUCUUCACGCCACACGUUGCUCUCGAGUUUCGCUGCUUUGUCAAGCAUCGGUCACUUAUUGGCAUUACGCAGCGAGACCUGAAUUACUAUGAUUUCUUGCAGGGCCUUCGGCCGCAAAUAUGGAGAAAGAUCAGGUCUUUUUUCAGAGAGAAGAUGAGACUCACAUUUCCAGAUGCGUGCUUCACAUUCGACGUUUACAUCCCCGAGGACGCUGUGGCCGACGAUGGCUUGGGCAAAGUUCGCCUCAUAGACAUCAACCCUUGGGCCCCUCGGACGGAUACUUUGCUCUUCUCCUGGCAAGAACUCCUCGGCAUGGAAGUCAAGAACCCGCUUUACGGCUCAGCGGCGCCUGGCCAUGCUUCAGACGCUAGUGGGAACGACACUGAGGCAGAUAGCUCGGAUGACGAUACCAACAUGGACUACGAACCUAGUUCCUUGCCUGAGCUUAGGUUGAUCGAAAAAGACGAUCCUGCGGCUUUCAAUUUCAGUACGCCGCAGUACUCGGCUCACAAACUUCCAAAAGAGGUUGUAGAUGCUAGUCUUGCCGGACAAGGGGGUCUCCGGGAGUUCGCGCAACAGUGGAAAGAAAUUACAGAAGGUAGAGCAGACGGGCUAUGGGACCAACGAGCUGAUUAG